UUUGCCCCACUGUAAGUAAGAUAGGGAAUCAUUAACUGUUAGCCACAGACUGUAGGGUCAGUGGGUCUGACUGUAUUUCAAUGUUGAAUCCCGACCUUCAUAUCCCCUGUGGACCUUGAUAUCCCUGCUUGUUCAACAACAAGAAACCAAAAACUGUAUCAUGCAUGAACUCAAAAUGAGGUAAAUAUGACACUGCUGAUAGAAAUUUCUCAUUCCUGUCCCAUAAUGCACUGGGAAAUCAGAAGGAAAAGGCCAAUACAGAACUUGCUGGAGAAUCAUCAGAAUUUUACAUUUUCUUUAACAUCAAGUAAUCUAGUAGAAGUGGUCUGUAAAUGAAUGGUUAUCUUAAAAAAAAAACCCUGUAAACAGCUCAAUCAGGAAAAACUGGGACUCCAAGUCUGACAUUACAAAGAUUCAAUUUAUGAGGCCCCCUUUAAUCUGAUGCAUGUGCUUUAACUCAGAGAACCAAAAACGGCUGUGUUAGCUUAGCUUAGCUUUAUCAGCAAUUUGUACUUGGAAUGGGAGAAAUUCCUUCAUGUGUUCAGCCAUGGAGUAACAACCACCGGGACAGAUCGUAAAUAAUAUGGGGUCACCUUAAUGGGUUCCUGAAUGAAAGAAGAAAUUUCAUUCGCGUAGACACCUUCUCUGAUUUUAUUAAAGAAAUGGAGGGCAAAUGCAAGCUACCUGAGGGAAAAAAGAGCUGGAGUACAAAAACGAAAAUAUUGAAGCAACAGAAGGCAGAUGUGACUAAAGUUAACGAUGUACACAUCCAAGUUGAAGUACUCAAGGAGCAGAAGGAAUUUGAGAGUAAGAAACAUCUGGAAGAGAUAAGAACUGGAGCAGAAAUACAAAGAUCUGGAGGAGAAGGAUAAACUUCUGCAGAAAAAACAUCAGCUCCAGGAGAAAUGUAUGCAGCCUUAAGAGCCGGAGAACAUAAAAAGUCAGUAUGCACAGCUGGGGGAAAAAAAUAAACAGCUGGAGCUCGAACACCAAAUAAUGGAGAAAAAGAUCCAUCUGGAAGUAUCAGAACUGGAAACAAAGUUAAAAGAUGCACACAUGAUCAUUGAAAUAGAGGAUGAUUGCAAGAAAAAUCUGGAAAACUGGAGGAAAUGCUGAAAUAUUCAAAGAAAAGAUGCAACUGGAAAAUGAGCGCAAAGAAAUGGAGAUCAAAAAGUUUGAGUUGGGUUGGCGAUGUGUCGGGUUCUUUAAUCAACUCCCCAGCUUGAAUAAUUCUGUUGGGUUAUAGUUUGGGUAGCUUUGAUCAAAUAUUAGUUCAAACUUUUACUAUCAUCCUCCAUCUAUCAGCCACAUCUUGCUAGCGCUGGUUCAUGUUAUAGCAGUAUUCAUAUAAAAAUGUGUUAAACAAAAAAAAAGAAAAAUGCUGUUGCUAGAUAGCCAAGCUACAUUCACUACAUAAUGACAUUUGGGGAAAGCACUGCUUUCAUCUAAUUCUUGUAUUUACAGCAUUAAAGUAGUCUUUAGCAGUUUUAUCAACUAAAUAAACACUGCAUAUCUGUGAACUAAUCAUAAGUUAUCUACAGUAUUUUUGCAAGAAGCAAAAUGUUUCUGUUUAAAAAAUGACUUUUUUGAUGUUAAUUCAUCAAAGUUAUGUAAAAAUCACAUGAAGCAUUCUGUUACAUUACAUACAUUGGGGGGUGGGGGGUUGCUGUGUAGGACCAACGACAGUAUUUACCAAGAGUCAGACUCCAUAUUUUCACUUUGCAGCGGGUCAUUCAGCUCUUUGGGCUCACUCACUGCAGGUCAUUUGAACUGUGUGCUGCUGCUUAAAGAUGCGGAUUUUGUUUGUUCACAUGACAUAGAGUAGAGAAGGGCACAUGAGCUAAGAAGAUGAGCUGGAUCAUUCAUAUUUCCAUUGAGGUUAGUACUAUCACGCACAGGGGAAGACCACAGCACUGCAAUCAGGCAACGCAGACAGAACACCACAAACUGCUUCAAAGACGUUUCAACAUGGAAGCAAGAGGUCCUAGACGCAGCCCUCAAAGUCUACUUUCUGAUGAUGACAGUGGUCUGUGGAUGAAGAUGGAUUCAAACCAUGUGAGCAACCACACAGAGAAUUUUUCAGCAACCUCUGAAGACAAAAUCACAAUGAUCUCUGCUGCUCCCACUGCUAUAAUGAGGUACUACAGUGUGAUGGAUGAUGAAGGUGCAGAUGAUGUCUUCAUCCCUCCUCCACCUCGCACGUCUACAUCGCUGCCAGCAGAGAAAAGCACAGGUGCAACAGCAAGUAAGUCUGGUGUGACCCUUUCAGUUGACGCAACAGAGGCUGAAGCUAAUCCAAGAGGCUUAGACUUGUCUCAUAGUGAGGAGCAGUUAAUGGUAGCACGAAACGAGCUGGAUGAAGAGGUGACUGCAAGUGCAGUGCAGUUGUCUAUGGCCAACAUAUCCAAUGAACAAGACUCCUCUCCACCAACUUAUCAAGAACAACAAUCCAUGGAUGUGACUGGCUGUCUGAUGGAAACUGGUUAUGAUACAGAUCGAAGACCUUACGGGAAUAACGCAACAGAGAAUGACAAACCAGAGGACAUUGUAAUUAUAAGUGAAGAACAGGGAAACUGCUGGGAAGCCAAUACGGAGGAAGACAAUUACCCAAAACAAACACAUUCAAACCACAGAGAAGACUCUGAGAAUCAGAUCCAUUUAGACAAAGACGGAGACAAAAUAAAACACAAGGACAUUGGUGAUUUUGAUGAAACAGACUUAAAACUAUUAAGAGAAAGUAUAGCUAUCGAGAGUGUGGAGGCAAAUUCCGAUGAUGAUUUCAAGCUCUGUAAAUGCAACCAAAACAGGACCGAUACAGCAACCAGUCAGGCACAGGCUGCUGACUUCCAAACAGAUACGGACAAAGACAAUGAAGAGCAUGAUGACCGUGCAUCUUUGGACUAUAACCUCAUAAAGUAUGACUGUGUGAGGAAAGAAAGCGGCAGCACAGAAAUGCAAGUGCUAUCCAGUUCCAAAGGUUCUGAAGAAAGAGAGACAAUGGGGGAGCAAGAGGAUGGAAGCAGGAAAAUAUCUACUGAUAUCCAACAAGGUGAGCAACUGCUUCAUCGUCUGCAGCUGGUACAGCUACGACAUGAUGUGAAAAUGUCAGAGAACGCUGAUACCCAACAGCAGGCUGUCAUGAUGGAUGAAAAAAAGGGCAUGUUUGGGACUGAAACAGAGAAUAUACCUAGUGAAGAAGAGAGGGAAGAAGGCAGAUUCGAAACUCUUAAGGAAGAUGAAGAAAAGGUGAGCCUGAUGGAAAAGGAAAAUAAUGAGGACAAAGACAUUCAAACAAGAGCAAGGACAUCUUCAUCCACAAUUCCAGGAGAGUCAGAAGAAGACCAGAGGGUUGUCAGAAUAGAUCCGAGUGACUCUAAUGACAAUCAGAGUGAUAGCUGGGAGCCUACAGAUUUGACUCCCAGUAAUCUUCAUGAAACUUCUAAUGAAAUUCCAUUUCUUUCCACUGGACACCGAUUUUCAGCUGCUGAAACCUACAUGGAGAGGCAGCUCCAUGAGGCAGCCCAGGGGAAGCAGAAGCUGCAGAGAGCUGGAGGUGUUUUCAAUCUUGCAGAAAAUCCAGAUGUGCUGGAGAUUCCCUUUAAAACAGAUAUCUCUCUUGAGUCACUCACUACCAAGGUAGGUACAAGCCAAUGCAACGAGUGGCAAUUCUCUGAACAGAAGAUGCUCAAAGAGAUAAGUCAGGAUAUUCAGAGAGAACUAGUGCUGGUCAAUCAAGGUAAAAUCCCAGGGGGGUACAGCAAAGGAGAGAUCCGCCAGUUAAAAGAGACAAAACUGCUGUUUGAAGCCUUCCAGCAGGACAAUCCGGAGGGUCCAACAAGAUACCGUAAAUCCCCCACAACUCUGAGGAAAGGUCACAUUUACCCUUCAGUGCUAGAGCGCACACGUAGCCUUGAGAUGUUUUCCCUCAAAACUUGUCCUGUUUCCAGAGCACAUUCCCUCAGGCUGUACCAAUCUGCAAAUCUUGAGAAGGAAAAAAGUCCUGACAGCAUCAGAUCAAAGAGCCCAACUGGAGGUUCACGAGACAAAACUCGCUUAUCCCCUUACCCAAAACAAGACAAACACAUUCGCCUGUACAGAAGCAUGGACUCUAUAAGCAAUGACUUCUCUACGUUAGCUGUGGAGGGUAAAGCAAAGGCAGCAAAUGCAAACAAAGAGUCUUCAAUCCUCAAGCAAAACCCAUUCUUCAAAUUGCGCCCAGCCCUGGCUCUACAACCAGAGGUAGAGAAGGACAUCCGAGAAGCCAAAGAAAGAGAAGAGGAGCUGCGCAAGCAGAGACGCAGUCUGUAUGGAGAGAAGAGACAGAAUAGUGAAGAUGAACAAAAGUCACAAACACUCCCAACAGACAGCAGGAAACAGUCACGGGGGAAACUGGAGCGGGUUUGGCCACCUCCUUCUAAAAAGGACCAGAUAAAACUGGAGCAGAUAGAGCAGGAGCCAAAAGUUCACCGAGCAGGAGGACAGAAAGCUUCUCUCUGGCAACGCUGGGAGUCCGGCCUGAUCAACGGGAAGCCGUCAAAAGAAAAGAAGUGAUGUUAUAUGUCCUGGUUUUUGAACACUACAAACAGAAUAUCACCAGCACUAGACUUAUAGUCAAAAUAACCCAAAUUGUUAUGCUAGUCCCAGCUUCAAUACUUCCUCGCUCUUUUAACUCUGCUUUGUAUCUGUGACAAAUAUGCUUUUUUGUAUCUUUAUUAUUAUUUAAAAAAAAAAAAUAACAAUACCAGUCCAUAGAUUAUGUUAGGAAAAACUCUUGGACCAAAACAGCCACUGUUCCAGCUGGUCCAGGAAAUGACUUUGUUAGAAUGCUGGCUAGCAUUAGCAGCUACUUCCUGAGAACCCUGGCUAGCAUUAGCAGCAGCUUCCUGCUCUGUCAGAUUUAGAAAGGUUUACACUUUCAGUUGACAAUUCAACAAAAGAAGGGUCCAAUCUUAUGGAACAACAUGGUUUAUACUUUUUUAAAAAAAUAAAUAUUGUACCAUUAACACAACUGUCAGUUAUGUAGACAACACUAUAAAACUAUUUAAGCUAGCCUACUUGUAUGGGAAAAAAAACUCACAAAAUAUCCUUUGUGAAUGUAGCAUGCCUAAAUCUUCAAGGGUUAACUUAGCAAGAACAAGCAAUAUGAAUAAGAAUUAAAUUAUGGGAUGUAUGGGAUAUAUUCUUGACAAUAUUAAUAAAGACCAAGCUGCUUCACACUUUUUUUUUUAGCUUUGGUGAGCCUCUUGGUUUAUGAAAGUCUAUUUCCAAAAUGCCUCUAAGCAGGUUUCAUAGGUUGGAUGCACUGGUUCUGGCUGCUCCAGUCACUGUACAAUGUCUGAAGGGACUCUUUACUAAGCCACUCUUACUCUUGGAUUUACUCUGAGGCCACACAGAGGAGAUUAAACUGAUCACAGCUGCUUUUUUCUGUAUAGCUUGAUGUAUCAUUUGUGGGUUUUGUUGCAUAUUUUCUAACAAGCCUAAAGAUCAUCCAAAGACCAGAAAAUCCUAAAUGGAGAAUAAUGAUUAUUCAAAAUAAAUUCACACCACUUAAUCCAUUGAACUGGAAUGUUUUGAUGCCCUCUAGAGGUUGUUUCAUCUUGGAGUUGAUUCCAAAUUCAAGCUGGUUAAA